GAGAGAGGUGUGACUCUUCCACUCAGACCGAGAAGCUUCUCCUCCGUCUUCCUCUUCUUCUUCAACCUCUCCUCAAUCAAUCCGCUGAUCAGCUGAAUCGAUCAGCCGACACGUCUGAGUCGACUGACUGAUCGAUUUGAGGCCCGGUCGACUCUUCCUUGGUCCGUUCGAGGUUUUGAUCGGUGGAUUAUACCGGGGAACCUGACUGAUUGAUUGACUGACUGAUUGAUUGAUUGGUCGCUUGAGUGGCUGAUCGAUGAGCGCGGGCGGCGGAGGGGAGGUGGUGUGUGAAGGCUGGCUCCGAAAAUCACCGCCGGAGAAAAAACUGCGACGUUAUGCAUGGAAGCGGCGUUGGUUCGUGCUGCGUAGCGGCCGGAUGAGCGGCGAGCCGGAUGUCCUGCAGUACUACAAACACCAGCAGGCCCGCCGGCCAAUCAGAACCAUCAACCUGGACCUGUGUGAGCAGGUGGAUGCCGGCUUGUCCUUCACCAAGAAGGAGCUGGAGUGCAGCUUCGUGUUCGACCUGCGCACCGAGGAGCGGGUCUGGUACCUGGUGGCCGAGUCCGAGGACGACAUGAACCGCUGGGUCUCCUCCAUCUGCCUGCUGUGCGGCUUCAACCCCACCGAGCAGGUCCCAGACAAAUUUCCUGUCGCUGCUGCUUCCUCCUCCGUUACACGACACAACCCCACCGCCGCCGCCACGAUGACCGGGUCGGUCCCGGCUCCUUACGACCCGGUGAGCGUGCGGCACCUGGAGCCCAACAGCACCACAGAAGAAGACUACCUGUGGCUGUCGCACUGCCAGAGCCACACCAGGCCUCUUCUUGGUUCCUCCAGCUCCUUGGAAACUGAUUACAACGACAACAUCUCCUGCUUCCCCGUAUCCAUGUCCUCCUCCUCCUCUUCCUCCUCACCUUCCUCUUUUGCCAAUGGCCUCCACCCGCCUCCUUCCUCUUCCUCCUCCUCCUCCUCUUCCUCCGGCUUUAAGAACGCCGCUUGGAACGCCACUGCGGUGACGAGCCCUCUCAGCCAGUCGCUGGAUGCCAGCGUGACCUCUGACCUCCAGAGGAGGGGGGCGGGCCGGCCUCGCUGUCACCCCUCCCCCCACCCCAGGAAGCACUCCCUGGACUUCCAGCUGCGUCCCGUGGCGAUGCCUCUCGCCGGCGACGCACCUGUGCCCGCACAGGCACAGGCAUACACCAACAGCGGCUACCAGAUCCCGCGUUCAGCCUCGAGCCCGAAGCCACGCCCCCCUUGCCACCCCUCCUCCACCCCCAGUGUGGAGACCCUGACACCGGCGGAGCUGCACGCCUCCACCCCGACUCCUCCUCCGCGGCCGCCCAAGCCCCCAGCUGUCACAGCCCAAGGAGAGAGCUCGACUCUGGGCACAGGGUCGGCCACGCUCCCUUGGUCCUCUGCAGAGCCGGAGAGGAGGGAUGGAGGGAUGGAGGGAGGAGGAGGAGGAGGAGGAGGAGCAGGAGGAAGAGGAGCAGGGAUGGCAGUGCCAAGGAGCAACACUGUUACUGUCCCAGGACGAAUGUACCCAGGUGCCGAGUGUGUUCACGUCCCCAAGUCUCUGUCCGACAGAGCCAGCAUGUUCGAGUUCAGCGACAGCUUCAACAGCUACUUUUUUAAUAAAGGCAUGGUUCCUCUGGGUAGCGUUUGCUCUGAAGACGACGACGUGGAUGAAAACUACGUUCCCAUGAGCGCCGCCACCACCGAGCCUCCCCUGGCAACAAGGGUCCCUCCACCCCCUCCCUCGGUGACCUCUGACCCCGCCACCCAGCUCCAGGACCCCAACUACGUCGCCAUGACCCCCCUUCCUCCUCUGCCCGCCCCCACCUUCACCUCCGCGGAGCUGGCCUCCCUGGGGAGACAGGUGCCCCCUCCUGCCCAUCUGGGCUUCCGUAACUCCCCCCUUGACUCCCGUCGCUCCCGUGACUCCGCCCCUCCGCAGGAACCCCGCGACGCUGCAGGUGGAGGGGAGGUCCAGGCCCAGCCCCCCCCAAUCCACCGCAACCUGAAGCCACAGCACAAAGGGGUCUGUGCUGACAGAACGGACUGCCAGACCACCGGGGAGCCGCCACAGAAACCCAGAGUUAAACCGGCGCCUCUCGACAUCACGCCAGCGCAGGACUGGCAGGAAGUCCCGCCCCCCAUCCGCUCGCCUGUCACUCGAACCUUCACACGAGAUCCAUCCAGCCGCCCAUCAGUCCGACGAAGCUCCGCCCACAGCUCCUCCCCCUCCUCUGACUCAGACGACCCCGAUGAAAACUACGUUCCCAUGACGACGUCCGGCCUCAGCUGCAGCGCCGGCGAGCAGUCUCUGCGGCUGCUGCUGCAUCGGGCCUCAGAGGGCGGAGCCAGCUGCAGCCCGUUGCUACGGCGAUCCAGAGGAGGCAAACAGGUGGAGUACCUGGACCUGGACCUGCACACGGGGCGAGCGACAACCGCAAAGAGGACAGCACAGGGCAGGACCAGUGACGGCGGGGGCGAGGAGCGUGCACGUGGGGAGCGUGCACGUGUGGACUACGUGGUGGUGGACCCCGAGAGAACCAAGGCCCUGAGGAACACCAGGGAAGCAUGGCAUGAUGGGAGAAUGUCCACGGAGAAGGAGAAAUGCUAGACACACACACACACACACACACACCUUUAAAACACACACUCUCACGCACACACGCAUACACACACACAUCAAAGUUAAAUCGUCUCACUGACCUUCAUGUAUUUUUGAGAUGCUGCACUGUCGGUUUAUGAAGUUAUGAACGACACACACACACACACACACACACACACACACACAGAAGGCGGCAGUGGAAACUUUCUCUUGGAGGAAAAGCAGAAGAGAAGCUGCUGUUUGUGUUUUUUUUCUGCACCAACAGAAGAGACGACGACUGUGAUGCUAAAUUUUUUCAUCGAAACAGAAAAUCAAAGCAUCUGUGAGCCAUGGAAAAAAAUGAAUGUGUAAUUUGAUCUGUGUGGAGAAAUUAGGUGAAAAGACAAGAAUAGUGACUAAAACUACAAUACGAGCACAGAAAAUGAAUGUAGAAAAUGCAACAAAAAUGAAAAUAUAUAUGAAUAAAUCAACAAAUCUCUAAAUGUGGAAUAUGACUAAAAUGAUGAAACAUGGAGAAAUGUAAAGUUAAAAAAGCAGAAAGCUAACAUGUAAACCUUUAAAGAAAAAGUUCUCAGAUUGUAGUUUCAGUUUUACGAAAAAAAAACAAACAAAAACAAACAAAAACAGAGCAGCCACUCGGGAGGCAGAAAUAAUCUGUUCCACCUGCAGGGGGCGACACUGAGGCUGAAACUGGGCUCAACGAGCAGCGGCCAGUUUGGACUUUUCCAGAAAAUCUGUUCUCGAAA